AUGCAGGGAGCUUUGUUGUUAGCGUUCUCCAUGAAUCUCGGGUAUGGUAAUAGCAUUUAUGCAGAGUUACGAGCGCUGGUGGAGGGAGUUAAACAUUGUAAAAAUAUAAAUUUCGUAGCAGUAGAUAUUGAAAUGGAUUCAAAAGUGACUCUAUCAUGGUUGAAGAAUAAUAGAUGUGGUAUCUGGUAUUUGGAGGAAUUUUGGGAGGAACUUCAACAUUUGCUCACAAAUAUGGAUCCAAAGUUUAUGCAUAUUCAUAGGGAAGGAAAUGCAGUUGCAGAUCGGUUAGCUAGAAGGGGCGCAAGAGAAGGUGAAAUGGAAUGGAAGAUUAUGAGUGAGCUCCCUCCUCUGCUGCGGGGCUUGAUCAAAGUAGAUAAGUGGGGUCUUCCAGCACUUAGGUGUAAGAGCUAG